AUGAAGUUCCUGGCCCUCUCUUCACUCGUCGUUGCGGCAUCCGCUGCGGUUGUUGACAAGCUGGAGGCCCGCGGCGACGGCUGCAAUGCCGACAACUGCCUCCGCGCAGUGAGGGCAACCCGCUUCGGAACUGCCACCAUGGUCCUCCGCAUGGCCGAAUGCAGCUCUUACCUUGCCGUCACUGAGACUGCGAGUGCCUCAACCAUCUUCGUCACCGAGACCAGCAUCGCGACAGUCACAGCAAACACCACCCAAACCAUCUACCAACGCGCCGUCGAGACUCCUCUCCCGACCAAGGAAAUCCCGGCCUAUGCCACCGCGUGCCCGGACGACGCCGCCUACCGCAGCGCCUGCUCCUGCUUCGGCGCCACCGCGGUGACGACCACGGCCCCGGCCCCCAUCGUCACCUCCACCGUGUCCUUUGUCGCGACCACCACCGUCGCCCCCUUCGUCAACGUCACCCGUCCCGCCGUCUCGUGCGACAAGCCCUGGACUUGCGGUGACAACGUCAUCCCCACCUGCUCUCUCGACUUGACGGCUGGCGAGAAGGGCUGCGUUUGCUUCCGUACCGUGGAGGGCCGCGAUGUCUGCGCCGUGCCCAACGACUGCAAGCCCUCUUGCGACACUACCAACGACUGUGGCAAUGGCGAGGUCUGCAUCAAGCAGAGCUGCUGCUUGGGCGGAACUUGCAUGAAGGUUGAUGUCUGCCUGAACCAGGUCCUUCCUAAGAUGCUGUUCAAGAAGCGUGCCGGCAACCGCGCUUGGGUCAAGAGGCAGGCCAACGCUGACUUCUCGAAGCUCAGCUUGAUGCCUCACGAUGCCAGCUCGGAGGAGGAAUGA